UAUCAUUGCCUUAGUCACUUCACCUUAUGGUGAGAAAGAUAAAAUGAAUUAGUAAAUUUUUCAAAUCCGUUUAGUCAAACAUAUGAAGAACCUUGAGAUUUGAGAUGUUUUUAGCCAAAAUAUAGUUACUGUUUAAACUCUUUACCCUUAAAAAUUAGCAAACUAAAAGAAUUACUUUUUUUUUUACCAGCUUUACUGAGGCAUAAUUAACAAAAAUUGUAUGUAUUUAAGGUGUACAAUGUGAUGUUUUGAUAUAUGUAUACAUCUUGAUAUUCUAGCAAUUAAGCUAGUUAACAUAUCCAUCCCCUCACAUAGUUACCAUUUGUGGGUGAGAGAGAUAAGGAUACUUGAGGUCUGCUUUCUUAGCAAAUUUUGAGUAUACAUUAUUAUUUACUACAGUCACCUUGCUGUACGUUAGGUCUCUACAACUUAGUGAUUUUUUUUUUAAUAAACUAAUUUGGAAGGAGGUAAUUCCAGUGUUUUAAAUUCUAUUCCAUUGGUGUUUUUUUUCCCUCAAGUGUAGUUGACACACAAUGUUACAUUACUUUCAGGUGUACACAUAAUGUUUGGACAAGUUUAUACAUGAUGCUCUGCUCACAAGUGUAGCUACCAUCUGUCACUAUACGUGCUGUUACAAUACCAUUGACUAUAUUCCUUAUGCUGUGCUGUUUAUUUCCAUGACUUAGAGAAUUACUUCUUAAAAUCCUACCCCCAAAUGUUAAGUAAUCGCAGAUGUAAACAGCCUCUAAUGUGAUGAUACAAACUGUUGUCUUAGUAAGGCUUCACUUCAUUAAUGUUAAUAGAAUGGGCCAGGGAUUCACUCAGUUUGAAACUGGGAAAAGUCUUCAUUUUAUCUGUCUUUACAACACACUUGAAGAAAAUGGUAUGAAUGAUACAAGUUUGUUUCCAAUUUAAUUUAAUUUUAUUUUAUUUUAAAGAUUUUAUUUAUUUAUUUGAGAGAGAGAAUGAGACAGACAGAGAGAGCAUGAGAUGGGGGAGGAUCAGAGGGAGAAGCAGACUCCCUGCUGAGCAGGGAGCCUGAUGCGGGAUUCGAUCCCGGGACUCCAGGAUCAUGACCUGAGCCGAAGGCAGUCGCUUAACCAACUGAGCCACCCAGGUGCCCCCAAUUUUAUUUUUAAAAAUGAAUAUUAACUUAAAUAUUAUGAGCUGGGGAGUACAAUUAAAUGUUUGUCAAAAUGAAAAAAUUCUUCCAACAUGCCUUUGGUUUCUUUUUGUCUUUUAGUCUGUUGUUGUUGUAGUAUCCCCAGGGUGUUUUAGCAUGCCUGGGGCAUAGGCUAUGUCCUAUAUAAAGUAAAUAAACGUUUGAGUGUUGCCAAUUUUUUGAAGCCUUGAAACAGACCUCAAGUGAAGAUUUAAAAUAGAAGCAAACCAGCAUUAAAGGAUCUUUAAAGCAGUAAAGAUGCCAUGGUUUGCAACAAUAAAGUAAUACAGUGAUUGGCGACAGUUGUGGUCAUCCUUUCCUCAGUCCACUACUACCCUUCCAGUUACCACAUCUGUUAAUUCAGGCUUUGAAGUAACUAGCGGACCUGUCUGUUCCUCUGCUUCUCUACUUGGCCAUUUCAGGAGUCGAAGCCACUGUCAUCUUACCGCUCUACUCUCCUCCUCCAAUCCACUUCCCACAUAGGGCAGCCAAAGUGCACUUGUUAAGAAGUCAGCGUUUUGAAAUGCUUAAAAGUCGCCUCCCCAGGUUGGAACCCCCCAGCAUGGUUCUCUUGUCCUUGGGACCUAAUCCAAAAUCCUUGGUGUAGCAUUUACUACCCUGAACACUGACUGCUAUUUGCUUUCCCCUCUCAUUAACUUUUGCACUCUCUUCUCUCAUCUUGCCAAACAUAUAUGGCUUCAGAUCCUUUCACUGGCUAUGUCUUUCCUGUGUUGGGGUCUUGAAACUGCCAUUUCCUCUCCCUGAUACAUUAUUCUUUUCUUGGGUAAUUCUGAUUUAUCUUUCAGGUCUUAGGCUAAGUACCGCUUCCUUAGGGGAGCAAUGCUUUGCACCUCUAAUCAAAGUCUGGCUGCUUUUAUAUUAUUCUUGAUACUCUUGUUUUCCUUCCAGAACCAUAUUAUCACAACUUGCAGCUAUACGUGUGUGUGUGUGUGUGUGUGUGUUUAAAAUCUGCCCUCACCAGAUAGUAAGCUCCAGUAGGUGUGUGUCUGUUUUCUUGUCUAGUAUAUGAACCAUGCUUAGUGUUUACCUGGCACAUAGUAGGUUCUUAGUAAUUUUAGUGAAAAGUUGAAUUUGCCUUGCAUGUUGGCAAUGUAUCAAUCUUACAACAUGUUUAUUGUCCUCAUGUUGAAUCUGGGAUAAGCAUUUAAUGUUGGGAGAGAGUGGGAAUGAUUUGUUCCUACUGCCCAUUGAUUAGCAUAUUGGGUAGCAUAGAACCAUGCAUGAGAAAUGGUGACUGGCCAACCACAUGCACUAAUACGUAAAGUUAUAUUUUGCUUAACAGAAAAACAAUGAAUAUAAAGUGGUAUUAGGCAGCUUUUCACUUUAUCCAGAACUGGGGAAGAAACUCAAGGCUUAAAAAUAUAAAUUUCCCUCUUUAUUGCUUUAGAGUUUAUUCAGAUUGUUGUAUACCAUGAGUCCUUGCUUAGUAGCUUUUUGGCCAAUAGGAUUUCAGUAUGCAAUGCCCUAUUAUAAACAACUGGAUUGGCUUAACCACCUCUGAUGUCACAAUUUCCCCAUUAGGAAGUCAUAAUUUUCCUUAAAUCACAUUAUAGUAAUAACAACUCUUGUCAUUCUGUUUCAUUAUAAGAAAGAUAAUCUACCAAAAAUAAAAAUGCUGGAAGGAGCAGCAUACCUUUGAUCGACACAGACCUUUUUCCAUUUAUGCGCUUUAAUAUCUACUGCCAACAAUUGGAGUUAGCUUCUUUGCUUUAUAAUUGAUGUUUUGUUUUUUGUGUGUCAGUUAAUAGGCAAAUGGAGGAAUGAGCCUACUUCAAAUUACUGCUUCAACUCAUAGUUCUGUUUCAUCGCGACUGUUGAGGCUUAGCAUCUUCCUACUACUUAGCCUUCCUGACGCUAAAGGAAAAGCCAUUUGGACAGCCCACCUGAAUAUAACUUUUCAGGUGGGAAAUCGGAUUAUAUCAGAAUUAGGAGAGAGUGGAGUGUUUGGAAAUCAUUCUCCUUUGGAAAGGGUGUCUGGUGCCGUGGUACUUCCCGAAGGAUGGAAUCAGAAUGCUUGUAAUCCUUUGACCAACUUCAGCAGGCCUGAACAGGCAGACUCUUGGCUGGCCCUCAUUGAACGGGGAGGCUGUACUUUUACACACAAAAUCAAUGUGGCAGCAGGGAAGGGAGCAAAUGGGGUGAUCAUCUAUAACUAUCCAGGUACGGGCAACAAAGUGUUUCCCAUGUCUCACCAGGGAACAGAAAAUAUAGUCGCAGUGAUGAUAGGCAACUUGAAAGGCAUGGAACUUUUGCACUUGAUUCAGAAGGGAGUUUAUGUGACGAUCAUCAUUGAAGUGGGGAGAAUGCACAUGCCAUGGCUGAGCCAUUAUGUCAUGUCUCUGUUCACCUUCCUGGCUGCCACAGCUGCCUACCUUUUCUUGUACUGUGCAUGGGUACCUCGAGUGCCCAAUUCUUCCACCAGGGGGCGAAGACAGAUAAAAGCAGAUGUGAAGAAAGCUAUUGGUCAGCUUCAACUGCGAGUGCUCAAGGAAGGGGAUAAGGAACUAGAUCCAAAUGAAGACAGUUGUGUUGUUUGCUUUGACAUAUACAAACCCCAAGACGUAGUACGUAUUUUAACUUGCAAACAUUUUUUCCAUAAGGCAUGCAUUGACCCCUGGCUUUUAGCCCAUAGGACAUGCCCCAUGUGCAAGUGUGACAUUCUGAAAACUUAAACCUGGAGAAUCUUCUGAAGAUGUAACCAAGUCUUUCCAAAGAUUAAAAUUACAUGAAUUCUCUUUUAGCACUUUUAUGUAGAGAAAAAACUCAACUUCAUCUUCUCUACCUAAGUACUAAUGAGGAUGAAAUUUGUGUGUUUUUAAAAUAAAACUCCAUAUCAUGCCCAGCUAUUUGAACUUGUUGUUUUUCUAUUAGGUUGCUACUUCUUUGCCCUUAUCCAAAUAAGAAAAUUAGUAUAUGUUAAAAAACAAAUUAGUCUUCAAAUUAAAAUGAUUGUG